AUGUCUCUUCUUAGAGAUGGUGAUGGUAUCAACUUUCAACGAGCUUCCUAUACUUUAGAUGGAUGUGUCAAGAUUUACACUUCUCGUAUUGACUCUGUCGCUACUGAGACCGGGAAGCUACUGAGUGGUCUAGCUGAUGCCAAGAAAAAUCGUGGUAAAGGUGGUGACGACGAGGAGGUUGAAGGCGACGAUGAAGGCCAUGAAGACGAAGACGGUAAUGAUGAGGAAAGUAGCAAGAAACGUAAGAGAAGACCCAGAGCUGAAAAUACUCUGGUCGAAGAAUAUUCCCAACUGGAAGUCAAAAAACUGGAUUUGGAGCUCAACAUUGAUCCUCUGUUCAGGAAGAUGUGUGCUGAUUUCGACGAAGGUGGAGCCAAAGGAUUGUUGUUGAAUAGUUUAAUGAUUGACAAGACCGGACGUGUUGUAUUUGAUGGAGAUGCUAAUGACGGCGAUGACGAUGAAGAUGAAGAGGCAGAUAAAGACGAGGUGGAUGCCAAUACCAGUACCAGCAGCAGUGGCAGUAGCAAGGACAAGACGCUGAAUCCACAUUUCCAAGGUGAUACUAUUGACAUGGAUUUGUUAAGAAGCAAAUACUUUUCUAAUUUAGACGAUUUGGAUGAGCUGGAAAUCUGCCCUUCUCUACCCGGUAUCUACGACGCCUUGAACGACCCAGCUCUCCUCAAUAGCCAGCUUGUGAAGGAAUUACAAGAAAUGAGCAUCAAAGACAGAGCAGAUUAUCGACCCUUUGCCGAAUCUUUGGAUGACAUGGCAUUGGGAGAAGACGGCUAUGGCGACGCUCCACCCGAUAUGGAUUAUGACGAUAUGCCCGAACUAAUUGCAAACGAUGACGAUGAAGCCAGUUUUGCUGUUGGUAAGGGAAGUACCACCGUGAUUCCAUAUACCGGAGCCACUUCGGUAAACGUCAUGUCUGGAAGAGAUACAGAUAUCCUUUCCUACUUUGAUGAGACUCUGAAAAAGAACUGGGCUGGCCCUGAGCACUGGAAAAUUCAGAAAUUGAAGGACACUACCGUAGCUGGAAUCAAAACAGAGACAAGCAAAGAAAUUAAGAAACCGAAAAAGACUAAAGAGCAGUUGGUUAUUGAUUUCCUUAGCGAUGAAGGAGCUAUUGACGAAUCUGAACUGUUUGCCAGUGGUGGAAAUAUCAAUCUUCCAAAGUCUCAACGAAAAAGUAAAGACUAUAACUUACUACCUGAUGAUAGGCAAUUCUCGUCGAAGAAACUAAUUAAAUUAUUUUCGAAACCCAAAGGAAAUGUUAUUAGUAACAAGCUCUUUGGAGGAGCCAUCACUGGGAACCAAACUUCUAACGAUUCUGAAGGAAUCCAAGAGAAUGAUGAGAACUUUUGGGCGAAACAAUAUCAACAACCAGAAGAUGGCAAGUCGGGCAGCGACUACAAUCAGAACUUUUUCAACGAUGAUGACUAUGAUGGAAUGGGUAUUCCCGAUAUUGGAGGAGAUGAAGAUGAUGGUCUGCCUUUAGAUGCUGGCGAAUCUCUAUACAGAGACGGACCAACCCAACUACUAGCAAAGGGCCAAAGGGCGAGACCAGAUUAUGUCAAUUAUGCGAAGUUCGCCAAACGUGUUAAUGUUAAACUUCUCAAGGAUAAUAUCUGGUCUGUUAUGAAACUGCCAGAGCCGUCUAGUGACGAAACGGCAAACGAGCCGAAGAUAGAUGAGGUGGACGAUGACGAUGUAGAUCCGUCUACUGGCAAGCCGCUACGGAAACCAUCUCUUGCCCCGGCUGCCGAGUUCACAGAGCGCAAGUUCACAGACCUUGCCAAAGAGCUCAAACAAGUAUAUCCCGCCCAGCAAAUGUCAGAAAUAUCUACCAGUUUCUGCUUUAUCUGCGUGCUCCACUUGGCUAACGAACGAGGAUUGAUUAUCGAAGACAACGAAAUGCACAACGACCUGACCAUCAAAUGGGACCCCUCCGUUCCUCGGGGUACUGCUAUCAACAGCUUUUGA